CCGGACGGUGGGCUCGGCGGCGAGCGAGCGGGCGGGCGGGCCGCGGAGGACGCGCCGCCUGCGCCUCCCUCCCUGCGUCCCUCGCUCGGGGCGGCGCGGGGCUGCCGCGGCCCUGCUCGCAGGCCAUGGGGGAAGGGGGGCGCCGUGGGGCGCCGCCGGCCCUUCCCCGGGGCGCCGCGGCGGCGCUGGUGGCGGCGGCAACAGCAGCAGCAGCGGCAGCGGCAACGCUGGUGGCCGGGCCGCGGCGAGGGCGAGGGCGCGGGGCGCGCCGCCAUGGGCCUGGCCGGGCUGCAGGAGAACGUGUUUGCCGGGCAGUCAAAGAUCUAUUCCUUCAUGAGCCCGAACAAAUGCUCUGGAAUGCGUUCCCCCCUUCAGGAAGAGAAUUCAGUUGCACACCACGAAGUCAAAUGCCAGGGGAAACCAUUAGCUGGGAUCUACAGGAAACGAGAAGAGAAGAGGAAUGCCGGGAAUGCAAUAAGAAGCACCCUGAAGUCCGAGGAACAGAAGGUCAAAGACGCCAGGAGAGGUCCCCUGGCACCUUUUCCAAACCAAAAAUCUGAAGCAGCAGAACCUCCAAAAUCUCCACCCUCAUCAUGUGAUUCUACCAAUACAGUGGGCGCCAAGCAAGCCCUGAAAAAACCCCUCAGGGGCAAACAGGCCCCUCGGAAAAAAGCUCAAGGGAAAACGCAACAGAAUCGCAAACUCACAGAUUUCUACCCAGUCCGAAGGAGCUCCAGGAAGAGCAAAGCUGAGCUGCAGUCUGAAGAAAGGAAAAAAAUAGAUGAGUUGAUUGAAAGCGGGAAGGAAGAAGGCAUGAAGAUUGACCUCAUCGAUGGCAAAGGCAGGGGUGUGAUUGCCACCAAGCAGUUCUCCCGGGGUGACUUUGUGGUGGAAUACCACGGGGACCUCAUCGAGAUCACUGAUGCCAAGAAGCGAGAGGCUCUGUACGCACAGGACCCCUCCACGGGCUGCUACAUGUACUAUUUUCAGUAUCUGAGCAAGACCUACUGCGUGGAUGCCACUCGAACAAACCGCCUGGGGAGGCUGAUCAAUCACAGCAAAUGUGGGAACUGCCAAACCAAACUACAUGACAUCGACGGGGUGCCUCACCUCAUCCUCAUCGCCUCCCGAGACAUCGCCGCUGGGGAGGAGCUUCUGUAUGACUACGGUGACCGCAGCAAGGCCUCCAUCGAAGCCUACCCAUGGCUGAAGCAUUAACGGUGGUCGACGGCCCCGCCACCCCAGCAAAGGACAAAGUGCCCUCAGAGGGAAUGAUUUUUUACACACUUCCUCUUAGUGGAUUACUUCAAAUGUUUUUAUGAAGCAUAUUAAGAUGCCUUUUCACUGUAGUAUUUAAAUAUCUGUUACAGGUUUCCAAGGUGGACUUGAACAGAUGGCCUUAUAUUACCAAAACUUUUAUAUUCUAGUUGUUUUUGUACCUUUUUUGCAUACAAGCCGAAGGUUCGUGCUUCCCGUGCAUGCAGUCCAAGACUCGGCACAGGUUUUAGAAGAAGGGUCACCAUGAACUAGGAGGCCGGGCGAGUCUGUGCCAGGACUGCCCACACUGACGUCCAAGGUCAGGCGGCUGCGAGGGCAUGCCCCACGCACGUCGGGCCUGGCUGGACGUCUCCAAGCUCUUGUUCUCCUCUGUCUCGACAGGCGCACGCUGACGUGCAUGAAUGUUUUAAAGGGUUUGCAGUAAGCUAGUCUUCCCUCUGCUUCUGAAAGCUUACUGACUCUGGCCGCACCGGCUGAGCGCACACUUCUUCCGCAGGCCGCUUCAGGUGGGUAGGAGCCAGAGGGCCGGGAAGAGCACUGCUUCCCACCCGCGGGGCAGGCCUUCCUGAAACUUGGUUAAUUCUUUAUAGAAAUGUGAACACUGAAUUUAUUUUAAAAAAAAAAAAAAAAAAAAAUAAAAAACAAAAAUCAAAAAAAAGAAAAAAAACCACAGAAAACAACUUACAUGUAUAUAGGUCUUGAAGUGAGUGAAGUGGCUGCAUUGUUUUGCUUUAUUUUGGGCUUUUAGUUUUUGUAGAGGAGAUUUGAGAUGGUACUCUAUUCUAAUCAAAAAUAAAGUUUUGUAGUGGGACCAGAAAUUACUUACCGAUACCCCCACUCACCCGCCCUGAUGCCAAGGCCUGCAGUGUGUCAGACCAUCAGGUGUCCUUCCGGUGAAGAUGCAGCCAUGAACUGCAGUGUGAGCCUGCGAGCCCAGGACCCCUACCCUAGUGACCAUGGCAAGCCUCAGGAAGUCACCAGGUGUGCUGGGUGCCAGCAAGGUCUGGAAGCCAGGAAACAAGGAGGAGCCUCAAGUUUUCACCUACAGUGCGAUAGACAGGAGAAGGUGGCUUCCUACUCUGUCCCUAGGGAGUUCAGGGCUCGGGAGCUGGAACCUGAGCUCCUGCCCACCUGGUCCAGGUAAAUGUAAACGCCAGGUAUAAGGAAGGGCUCUCGUCCUUGGUCCUCCCUCACCCCACCCUGGGCCUCACGACGGUGCUACCUAAGAAAGUCUUCCCCCUGCCCCGCUAGCCUGGUCAGUGGUCAGCGAGUUGGAGGAGGAUCCACAGGAGUGUGUAAAUGUGAAAUGAAAUGUCUUGGUUGUACCUGUUUGUGGUUUAGCUUUGUAUUUAAGCAAACAAACGAAGAGGAAAUAAACUUGAAGAUUAUUUGUCAUCAUAAAAAUGAAACAGAAAUUAAAAUAUUUAUUGCCUGGCGAGGCCACCCUUGUGUCUGUCUGUUUCUAUAAGGGAGAGUUAGCAAAAAGGAGUUUUUGGUUUUUUUCAUUUUGUCCUUGUGCAUGUUAGACAAAGCCCUGUACCCCUGAACUAUAUCCCAAGCCCUUAAGAAGCAGGGUGUGUUUCCUGUUGUUUUUUUAUGAAAGGGUCACACACCAGCCUUAGACCCUAGAGUGCCAGUCACAGUGUUGCCGAUGGGAUUUCAAAUGUGGUCCCGGGAACCCAUGCUCCUCAGUUUCCUCUUCCUCUUAAGGAGGGUGGGUCGAGAGGUGCUUCUGAAAAUAAAAAGUUAAUACCUUGUGGGCACGCACUAAAUGCAGUUGCCAUUAUUGUUGCUUCUGAUUUGCUAGAUCUGAUUCUCAGGCAGGUGUCAGCAUCAUUUGCCCUGCCUGGCUUGGGCUGAGAGCCCCUCCUGCCAGCUCAGAUCUCUGCCCCCACCAGCUAGGUUCCUUAGUCCCCUCAGUCCCAAUACAGAGCACUUGGGAUGACUUGGGACUGGGUGGAGCAGAUAUGGCAUCAGCUUUUAGUGGUUGUCACUCAUGUAACCUCUGAGAUGAGGCCAUCAAGUAAUAAAUCUGUCCACCUGCCUUGCAGGGUGUCCCAAGGACUCAGGCAUUGUUACGCCUCGGAGGAAGGGACUGCCUGGUGCCCGAAUGCUCAGGCCCUGGAACAGAGCCUUUGACUCCCAUCCACUUAGCUGUGUAACCCUGGACAGGUGACUGACCUCCCCAUCCAUUAGUUUCCUGCACUGCACAGGGACAGUAACUAAUCCAUGGGGUGACCGUGAGCAUUUGAUGAGUCAACACAUAAAAAGUCAGGUAUGGUGGCUCAAACCUGUAAUCCCAGCUGCUCAAGAGGCAGAGAUGG